GUUCGUAAUAUGUGUAUUUGAACUAAAAGGUAAGACAAGAGUGGUAAUGCGCAAAAUUCCCGCACAGCAUCUUGUGCAGCGCGUCGUUCUCAACAAACCACGUCCCCACAUUCCGUUUCUUUCGGACAACUUAGAGGAGUACUUAAAGCGAUACUGGGCAAUAGUGUUUACGGUGGGAUCACGGCAGAUUGAAACCGGCCACAUGCGGCACUACCUGUCGUGGUAUUGUACGCGACUAAAGGUUGUGGAACUCGAUCACCAUCUCCAUGCCUUGACAUUGCGGAAUCAGAUCGCGGCUCACACCACCACUAGGGAUUUACCGGUUCUCUUUGUCAAUAAAAGGGUUGUUGGAACCAUUGAGGAAGUGCGCCAGUUGGAGGAAAAAAAACUUUUGAAGGAUCUCCUUCAGUUUGGAUUUCAGUGGAACACAGCGCCUAACCUUGGAGGGGCUCCGCAGCCAUUGAAUACACUGCCCUCGGCGUAUGGGGAUGUGGAGCUUUUCCGAGGACGCUACCGUGGUACUCCAGUUGCUCGGCCUGUGGUGCGGCUUCCCUCUUUGCAUCCUUUUAACUCCGAAGGAGAUGACCUUUGAAGUUUUUCUUCCACUUUUUAUGAUUUACCUUCCAAAGUGGAUGUCUUUGAUGCGUUUUCUGUGAUACCCAAGCAUCACCUGGUCGCUGUACAUUCAUGGCUAGCGACACAUAGCCUUUGAUGGUGGUCACUAGAGAAAUUCUAGGGGGAAAACACCGUUCAAACGUAGUGAGGGGGCUCAGCAUUGUUCCAAUGUGGUAUGCUGUUGUGUAUUAGGUUAU